AGAAUUAAGCGAUUCUAUGAAGAAACGGCGUAGUUAACUUUGACAGUUGUUUCAGUGUUUAUGACUCUCUCUUCCUUCACUUUUUGAGCUUCCAUCGCCAUUAGUGAUAAGCACGUCUGUCACUCAUCAUUCUCCCCAACUUCCCUUUUUCUCUUCCCUCUCUCAUCUCCUUCCGCCCACGACUUUCUUCUCAGCAACAACCUUCUUCGUCUUCCAUUAAUUUUCUUCUCAGUUUUGCACUUACGGAUUGGAUCUAAAAAGUUCUUUUUUCGGCUAUCAGAUUCGUCGGGAAGGGGUUCUUGGCACUCCAUCUUAGUAUUCAGGUUGUGGCUUUUAACAGCCACAUACUGAAGUAAAAAACAGUAUGUCUGUUUCUAUGAGAGAUUUGGAUCCAGCCUUUCAAGGAGCUGGACAAAAAGCAGGAAUUGAAGUGUGGCGCAUUGAGAAUUUCAAGCCAGUUGCCAUUCCACAGUCUUCUUAUGGGAAAUUUUUUACAGGGGACUCUUAUGUUAUUUUGAAGACAAUUGCCUUGAAAAGUGGUGCUUUACGUCAUGACAUCCAUUAUUGGCUUGGUAAAGAUACAAGUCAGGAUGAAGCUGGAACAGCAGCUCUGAAGACAGUUGAACUUGAUGCAGCUCUUGGAGGACGUGCUGUUCAAUAUCGUGAAGUACAAGGACAUGAAACAGAAAGGUUCCUUUCUUACUUUAAACCAUGCAUCAUACCUCAAGAAGGUGGAGUUGCUUCUGGUUUCAAGCAUGUUGAACUUGAAGAACACAAGAUUCGUAUGUUUACUUGUCAAGGAAAGCAUGUAGUUCAUGUAAAAGAGGUUCCUUUUGCUCGAUCCUCACUAAAUCAUGAUGACAUUUUUAUCUUGGAUACUGCAAAUAAGAUAUUCCAAUUUAAUGGUUCCAAUUCUUGCAUUCAAGAACGUGCUAAAGCACUAGAAGUUGUGCAGCAUAUCAAAGACACUUAUCAUGAUGGGAAGUGUGACAUAGCCACUGUUGAGGAUGGCAAAUUGAUGUCUGAUGCUGAAACCGGAGAGUUUUGGGGUUUCUUUGGUGGCUUUGCUCCACUUCCAAGGAAAACAGCAACAGAUGACACCAAAAGUGUUGAUGCUCUUCCCACGCAGCUAUUUUGUGUGGAGAAAGGGGAGGCAGAAUCUGUUGUAGCAGAUUCUUUGACAAAGGAGUUGCUAGACACGAAUAAAUGCUAUCUUUUGGAUUCUGGGGCUGAAAUUUAUGUAUGGAUGGGGAGAAAUACUUCUCUUGAUGAAAGAAAAUCUGCAAGUGGAGCUGCAGAAAAAUAUCUUCGUAGCAUAGAAAGACGAAAACUUCAUAUUGUUCGUGUGAUUGAAAAUUUUGAGACGGUAGCUUUCCGCUCAAAAUUUGACACCUGGCCUCAAUCAGCUGAGGUGGCAGUCUCUGAGGAUGGUAGAGGCAAGGUGGCAGCACUUCUGAAGCGCCAAGGGGUGAAUGUGAGGGGUCUUCUUAAAGCUGCUCCUGAAAAGGAGGAACCCCAACCAUAUAUCGAUUGCACUGGAAAUUUGCAGGUUUGGCGUGUUAAUGGGCAAGAGAAGACUCUCCUUCCAGUUUCUGAUCAGUCAAAGUUCUACAGUGGAGAAUGUUACAUCUUCCAGUAUACAUAUCCUGGUGAAGAUCAAGAGGAAUAUCUUAUAGGGACAUGGUUUGGAAAACAAAGUGUUGAGGAAGACCAACAUUCAGCUAGCUCACAGGCAAACAAGAUGGUUGAGUCACUCAAGUUUAUGGCUGCUCAGUUGCAAAUUUACGAAGGAAGAGAACCCGUUCUUUUCUUUGCGAUCUUUCAGAGCUUUCUGGUUUUUAAGGGGGGUUUAAGUGAUGGAUACAAGAAUUAUAUCUUAGAGAAGGAACUUCCGGAUGAAACUUAUAAAGAAGAUGGGGUUGCACUAUUUAGAGUUCAAGGGUCUGGACCUGAAAACAUGCAAGCAAUCCAAGUUGAACCUGUGGCGUCAUCAUUGAACUCCUCCUACUGUUACAUACUACACAGUGGUUCUUCUCUCUUCACAUGGAUUGGAAAUCUUACAACUCCUGAACUCCAGGAACUUGUUGAGAGGCAACUGGAUGUUAUUAAGCCAAAUAUGCAGUCCAAAUUACAAAAGGAGGGUUCAGAGUCCGAACAAUUUUGGGAAAUUUUAGGUGGAAAAUCUGAAUACCCAAGUCAGAAAAUUGCUAGAGAUGCUGAAAGUGAUCCCCAUUUGUUCACAUGCACAUUUUCAAAAGGAGAUCUGAAGGUCACUGAGAUAUACAACUUCAGCCAGGAUGAUUUGAUGACUGAAGAUAUAUUUAUCCUUGAUUGUCAUUCCAGCAUCUUUGUUUGGAUAGGCCAGCAAGUUGAUCAGAAACUGAAAACACAAGCAUUGGUUAUUGGAGAGAAAUUCCUGAAACAUGAUUUCCUUCUCGAGAAAUUAUCUCUUCAAACUCCAAUUUAUAUCAUAACUGAAGGAAGCGAGCCACAGUUUUUCACACGUUUCUUCACAUGGGAUUCAACCAAAUCUUCAAUGCACGGAAACUCGUUCCAAAGGAAGCUAUCUAUAAUUAAAAAUGGAGGUCGUCCAACCUUGAAUACCAAACCAAAAAGGCGAGCACCUGUGUCAUCACACGGAGGAAGGUCUGUAGCAACCGAAAAACCACAACGUUCUAGAAGCGUGUCAUUUAGCCCAGAUCGAGUUCGUGUGAGAGGCAGAUCUCCAGCCUUUAAUGCACUUGCUUCCACAUUUGAGAAUGCAAAUGCAAGAAACCUGUCAACUCCUCCACCCCUUGUGAGAAAACCGUAUCCAAAAUCCGGCGCCGCCGAUUCCCCAAAUGCCGCCGCACGAUCCAACGCCAUAGCAUCACUAACCGCCACUUUUGAACAACCGCCGCCACGAGAACCUCUCAUGCCCCGUUCUGUGAAACCGAGGCCAAAAUCACCACCAAAAUCAGAAUCCAACUCCAAGGAAAAUUUGAUGAGCAGUAAAAUGGAAUCUUUAACAAUUCAAGAAGAUGUAAAAGAAAAUGAAGUUGAAGAUGAGGAAGGCCUUACAUUGCACCCAUAUGAUCGUCUCACAACUCUAUCCACCGACCCUGCUCCAGAUAUUGAUGUAACCAAAAGAGAGACAUACCUUUCCUCAUCCGAAUGGCACUUCAACUUUUCUGAAUUCCAAAAAUUUCGGAAGGUUGAUUAAUUUUUUCGUGUAAUAGUGAGAGGCUGAGAGCAUGGGGUGCUUUUUUAGCUGGCUGCUUCUGCUCUCAAGAAGCUGGUUUACGGUUGAUAUGAGAGUUGGAGUGCAAAUUUCAGUUAACUCUUAUACUUUACUUUCUGUUUCUUUAUUCAUUUUUUUUUUAAUGCCUGUGUGUUUGCAUUUUUGGUUUAUUAUUUUUUUCAAGUUUCAAUUAUUUGAUUAUUGAUUUGGAUGUUUGAACGGAGUUAUAUAUAUUAUAUAGGAAGGGUUUGCGGAAGCAGACAAUUUUUAGGUUGUAUUGUACUCCGCGGAUGGAGUAGUGUACAGGACAGGAGAAUUGAGUGUAAAAACCUGUCAAGUUAAUAGUAAAUUGUGUGUUUGGUACCUAC